CUCUAGAUACCCAUAAGGUAUUGUCAUGAUCUGGCGCGGAUGUAUCGGAGACGAUUGCUUGGCCAAGUCGCCAUUAUGGAGGGGUGUGGGGGGAUAUGGUUUCUAAGGUAAAUAUUACAUUUGAUCCCUCUUUGGUCAAUGAAUUUUUUUGUCUUAUUAAUGGCCGUCUCGACGAUUCGUUAGUGAUCCCAGAUGAGGUCCCAGAUGAUAGGUUGCGUUAGAGAAAGGUAUCCGUCUUGUCCUACGCUAAGCCGCUGUGGUGGCUGCGGUUUGCAGGACUCUCGGGGGAGAAGGGAGAGCGGGGGAGUCACGGCAUCGGAUCUCAGGGACCCCGAGGACCCCCUGGAGCCCCAGGCUUACCAGGCGAGGGUCGGACGGGCAGCCAGGGGCCCCCUGGCAGGCCGGGUAGCCAGGGCACCCCGGGGAGACAGGGCUCGCCUGGCUCCGGUGGACCACCGGGGUCUGCGGGGUACUGUGAUCAGAACUCCUGCAUGGGGUACAACGUUGGCGUCCAAGCGCUACCGCACGGCGGCUACAACCCGGGGGCCGUGGCCUACAACGGCGGGCGGCGAGGAGCCGAGGAAGAAGAGGAGGACGACGACGACGACGACGACGAGGAAGGCGAGGACGAGGAGCAAGAUCCGUAUCAGCACGGCUACCCACCCCAGUACUACCCCGGGUACGACCCCCGGGGGUACCGGCCGGGGCCCCGCUCAGAGGACGUGGAGCUGAGGUCGCCCGGGGUCGCGCAACGCUUUGCCCGCCACGCCCGCGGAACGGGGGAGGAGGUGGGCGGCGGCGGCGGCGGCGACGCCGUCGUCACGGAGGAGAGCGAGGAGGGGGGCGGCGCGUAGCAACGAGACCGGAAGCCCGGACGCGUCGGACACGCACCGCGAGUGCUUGAGGCCGGGUGGAGCAUGACCACACACGAGCUACCUACACUCUGAGCCCGCGGGACACGUGUUGUACACGGAUACUAGCACGCGCACAUACACACAAACACACACACACACACACACACAGGUGAGACUGUUUCCUACAGACUCCGCAACAUCAGAAAAACUGUGGAUGGCAGUGGCAUUCUCCACCACGAUAGACAGUUGUCUUGUUAACUCUUGUACGGUGUCUCUGUUGAACUCGGAAAAGUGCCUGAUUUAUGUUUGUACCGUUGAGUGUAAAGAUGGGAAGACUCUGCGUUCACCUUGGGGUCGGUUGACUUCGUGACGAAGCCCUUUUUAAAGAAGGAAUUUGCAUGUCACCUUUGAGGAAAACUUGUUGAGCGUUCGUUCUGUUUUGUUUUUGUCACGGAUUCAAUUUGAACAUUUGGAUCCUAACAGAAUUUAAAUUGGUACAUGUUGUGUUUUGUGAGUUUAUUUCCCCCCACUACAAAGCCUUUUCCAUUCUAUUAAGUAAACUUUAUUUUUUUCAGAUUUUAGUUUAUUAAAAAGGUUUUAUUCCACCCAUCUUUAGAACGAAGGAGCUUCAUAUGACUUUACUGAAGCAAUUUUCCAGAGUUGUCAGGACUAUUCUUUUGUUGUCCUUUAAUAUUUCACUCCAAACAUAGAUUGCAACUAUUCAACCGCAAUUUAUUCUUAAAGAUCUGAUACAAGUGAAAGCGUCGGUUUGGCCUCGUUUCUCUAUUUUGGUGUUCCUGUGGGCCUGUUCACUGUGGAAGCUGCUUGCUCAUUGGUCAGCACUAUAUUCAAUUUUGACCUAUUGAAACCAGAGCUUUUUUUUUUAUACAUUGAGAUUUUUUUGGUGGCAGCAAAUGAUUUUGUUGGAAGUUUCAAAUAUUUUUUAGCAUAGUAAUAAGUCCAUUUAUCCUGCAACAGGGCCAGAUACAAAUCAGGCACCCAAAGUGACUACAGCCAAUCUGUACAUAUGAACACAUCUUUCUAGAACUGAAAACGCUGGGCCUAAGAACAGUUAAGGAAUCUGUUCUUGCAACAAAUAUGAAUUGGCAAAGUGGAGUAUUUUAUUUAUUAUUUUUUUUAUAACCAAAUAAAAUCUGUUAUGACGUUGA